GACUCGUCCUCCCGGGUCAGCCCGUCCCCCAUGAUCAGCCCGUCCUCCCAGGUCAGCCCGUCCCCCAUGAUCAGCCCGUCCUCCCAGGUCAGCCCGUCCCCCAUGAUCAGUCCGUCCUCCCGGGUGGACUCGUCCUCCCGGGUGGACUCGUCCUCCCGGGUGGACUCGUCCUCCCGGGUGGACUCGUCCUCCGUGUCUCUGGUUCUUCCCACUCGAAGCAGGACCCAGUUGGAGGUGAGCCGGUCCCACAGCAGCAGUCUGAGCAGCCUGGCUGAGACCACAUCACACAGGAGGAUCUGUGAGACCCGAACCAGGAGCAGGAGGGUCCAGUCUCAGGUCGGUUCUGACCACAAGGAAACAUUUCAAAGCUCUGAGCCGAGCCUCAGUGUGGACCCUCAGCAGGACGGGGUCGUGUCUCCUGAGACGGACAGCGGGUUUGUUGGUUCUGAAAGCAGCCAUCAGGCUCCUGCAGCUUCAGGUCUGCUCCACCAGAGGGCGACAGAGAGAGUCUCAGAACCUCAGGACCCCGGAUCGCCUCGGCCCGUUUCUGCUCCUUCCACUGGUCGGGAGCCUCCAGCCGGGCCUCGGCUCGACCCGGGCCAGCCGAGGAGAACUGGAGCGGGCCAGAGACGGCUCAGCACAGGAAGUGGGUCUCCAGUUGUUUCUGAGGCAGAGCGGAGCGACCCGUUCUCCGGAUCCGUUAGUUCCCUCCUCAGCUCCCCUCCGGCCUCCAGCCGACUCCGCCGAGACCCUCCGAGAGCGGCGGGCUUCRGUCAGACAGGAAGUCACAGCGAUGCGGUCGAGGCUCUUCAGGUGGAGGUGACCAGGCUGAGGCAGAAAAUAGAAAAUUACAGGUGGAUUAAGAAGCGUCUGGACCGGAGGAGCAGCUCCUUCACACCUCCCAGCAGAUCGGAGGCAGUUUGUAGCGACGACAGUCUGAGAGGAAGAGGAAGAAGAGACGAGAGCGAGGAGGAGGCGGAGUCUGAGUUCAGACGAUCAACAGAGAGAUCAUCCUCUGCUCCAAAACUAAAACAACCUGACGUUUUGUCGAGACCAGAUCUGGACCUUCAGACUCGCGUGUCCCGGUGGACCCAGACCUCUGCAGAACCUGUCGGCUGCUGCAGCAGGAAACCGAGCCGGCGGAACUCCGAGUCUGGACCAGCACCAGAACCUGACAGCAGGAGCCCGGGUGGUCCUUGUCCUCAGUGUCGGUCAAACAUCAGAGGACGUCCUGAACAACCAGCAGGGGGCAGCAGAGAGCCGACCCGGUCCUGUUCGCUCUGCGGAGGCCUUAAAUCCCAUAAAACCCCAGAGACAGGCCGCAGCAAACAGAACCAGAACCAGCAGCCAGCCGAGACCUCGGUGAUCCACUUCCUGCCGGUCUACCCACCUCAGCUCCUAUUUUGCUCGACACCUCUUUACUCGUCUCCUGAUGACACGAGAGGCGUGUCCUCAGGACUCAGAUGUCCCGAGGAGAGGACGAGACGAUCCCCGUCUGUGGACAGCCGUUCUUUAGACGGCUCUCUGAAGCGAGCGAUCCGAGCGGCCCGACACAUGAAGCACACCUCCGGACACAUGGCUCGCUCUCUGGCGUCGGGGCUGCAGGACCGGGACCGGGUCUCUCAGUCCUGCAGCUACUAGGUCCAAACACAGAACUGAGCUCUGGACCAGAUUAAUAAAAAAUCUUUGUAAAUUUUUGAUAGUUUUCUAUAUUUUUAAAAUCUAAUUUUUGUUUUUUACUCUCCAAGUCAUAGUGGAUUGAUGACUUUUAAUGUUUACAUCAAAAGAUGUGGUGAAACACUGUAGAUCAUAUUGAUGUUAAUGUAGUUGACUUCAUUUAACUUUUAAUGUUAGUUUUACAUAAAAUAACUGAUCAUCUUCUUUUUAAA